AUGUUGAGAACCAUCUUCAGACGCAUAUCAGUUGAUGCCCAAAAACUCAACACCCCCUUAAAGCUCUGGGACCCAGAAAUUGACGCCAUAAUUUCAAGCGAAAAAGAACGCCAAAGAAAUUGCGUAAAUUUAAUUGCUUCAGAAAAUUUCACCUCAAGAGCUGUACUUGAAGCUUUAGGAUCUAUUAUGACUAACAAGUAUUCUGAAGGCUAUCCAGGAGCUAGAUAUUAUGGAGGCAACGAGUUUAUUGACAAGGCUGAAAACUUGUGUAGAUCCCGUGCUUUGCAAGUGUACAGACUUGAUAGUGAGAAAUGGGGAGUCAAUGUGCAGCCACUUUCAGGGUCUCCAUGCAAUUUUUAUGUGUAUACUGCUAUUUUAGGUCCACAUGAAAGAAUGAUGGGGCUGGAUCUUGCUCAUGGAGGUCAUUUGUCACAUGGCUAUAGAACUGAGACUAAAAAAGUAUCAGCAACUUCUAUUUAUUUUGAAAAUUUACCAUAUAGAGUCAAUGAAACUACAGGAAUUAUUGAUUAUGAUAAACUGGAAGAAAAUGCGAAACUUUACAGACCAAAAUUAAUUGUUGGAGGAUACAGUGCUUAUCCAAGAGAUUAUGAUUUUGCUAGAAUAAGAAAAAUCUGUGACGAGACUGGGGCGCUAUUUAUGUAUGAUAUGGCCCACACAAGUGGAAUUGUUGCUGCAAAUGUUGGGUUAAGGGAUCCAUUUCAAUAUGCUGAUAUAGUAACAACAACCACUCAUAAAAGCUUAAGAGGACCUAGAGGUGCAAUGAUUUUCUAUAGAAAAGGAUCAUAUAAAGACAAAAAAGGCAAUGAUGUCCCAUACGAUUUGCAACAAAAAAUUGAUUUUGCUGUAUUCCCAGGCCAUCAAGGUGGUCCACACAAUCAUACCAUAACAGCCCUUGCUGUUGCAUUAAAAGAAGCUCUUUCGCCAGAAUUUAAAGAAUAUCAAGCCCAAGUCCUUAAAAAUUCCCAAGUCCUAGCAGGAGAAUUGCUGUCCUUAGGAUUUAAUUUAGUUUCAGGAGGAACUGACAAUCAUCUAAUGCUCGUUGACUUGAGAAACCGAGGGAUUGAUGGAGCUAGAUUUGAAAAAGUGUUAGACAAGGUCAGUAUUGUUGCUAAUAAAAAUACAAUUCCUACAGAUAAAAACGCCUUAGUGCCAAGUGGAGUCAGACUGGGAACUCCAGCCAUGACCAGCAGAGGGUUUAUGGAAGAUGAAUAUAAAAAAGUGGCAGGGUUUAUUAAUAGAUGCGCAAAAAUCACUAAAGAUAUCAAUGAAAAAGCACCUGGGAAAAAAGUUGCUGAUUUUAAUGCAUUUUUAAAUAGUCAGCAGUGGCCUGCUAUUGCUGAACUUAAAAGUGAAGUUGAAAUUUUGGCUUCUUCUUUCCCAACCAUUGGGUAUUAA